UCUCCACGGACGGUCGAAGUCUUUCGAAUGUUAGUCGAUCUCACGAUACGAUCACCGUCGAUCGUUCACGUACCGUGAAACAACGUAAAUCUGUGAAAAUAAAAAAAAAAAGAAAGAGAAACAAAUGGAAAAGGUGAUAAUAAAACGUAUCAUAUAGUAUACAAGUCGAACUCGGCUGAUCGUGUUAAUUAUAUUAUCCAUAAAAGAAUAUUACUUCAUCGAGAAGUAUUAAAAGUGAAUGGAAGAUAAGAAUCAAUCAUCGAUCGAAAAUUUUCUAAAAGGAGCAACGCCAUCCCGAACAUUCGCGGACGUCGUUCUUUGUUGCUUCGGUGGUGAAAGGUUUUUGACGCAUCGACUCGUUCUUUCAGCUGCUAGUCCCUACUUACAGAAAAUUUUGGAGGCUGACGGCAAUUCGUCGAAUCAUCGAGAACCUAUAACCAUUGUAUUAGCAGAGAUCGAAUCAACGGAAUUAUCGGCAAUCCUCGAUUUUAUCUACACUGGUAGUACGAAAGUAUCACGAGCUAGAUUGAACGCAUUUCUACGAACAGCUACAGUUCUACAUAUACGUCUUCCACCCCUACCUGCUGCGAUCGUCCAUGAUACAUUUGAUCGAGAGAAUACAUCGUAUACUUUCGAUUUCAAGGCUGUCCCAAGUAAACCACAGUAUGAAACCUCUCUGAAUUUAAGUAGAAUCGCCGAACAUCCUCAAGAAUCGUGUAGAUUUCAAACAGAAGACUCUUGGGAGUCGCAAUUGACGUCAUUGAAAUAUUCAGACAAAUUGGGAUCAUCUAACAAAGUAGAUUACUCAUGGACGAACAAGGAUCCAGAUUGCUUCGAGGAAAGAUGGUGGAAAACGUGGCGACGACGUCGACACGUGGCGAAUUGCGUGACGGCAUCACCUUGGCGUCAAAUCAUCAGACCUCAUCAUUCGCCAAAAGUUCGAUCGAGUCCGACGGGUGUCAAUACCGAUAGACUAACGGACAAGUUGAAAGAAGAUAAAAUCGACGCGACUUCGUAUGGUGUUCAAUACGACGAUUCUAUCAAGCAACAUUCUUCUUUCGAAAGUAUCGUAAAUUCCAUCGAUACGACGUACUUAUCUAAAGAGAUUCGAGAGGAGAAGACAUCAGGCAAGGAUAGAGAGAAUCUUGAAGAUUCUCAAAAGGAUCUUCGAAGGAACGAAAAAGAAGAUGCGAAAAGGGAGAAACCAUUUCGUUGUGCCGAUUGUGGGAAAGAAUUUUCGCAGUUGCGCAAUUACAAGUACCAUCGUAGCGUGCAUGAGGGUACACGGGAAUUCGCGGCGAGUUGCCCGGAAUGCGGGAAAUACUUCAACGAUCGUGGUUACCUUAGCUCGCACAUGAAGAUCCAUCGUAACCGUAAGGAAUACGCUUGUCUCGUAUGCGGCAAGAGUUUCAAUCAGCGAGUGGCUUAUAAUAUGCACGCUAAGAUACACACCGGUUUGAAGCCUCACAGUUGCGAACAAUGUGGUAAAGCUUUCUCGCGGAAAAUGCUUCUCAAACAGCAUCUCAGGACCCAUUCUGGCGAACGACCCUAUCGAUGUCACAUCUGUCAGAAGGCUUUUGCGGAUAGAUCGAACAUGACGCUUCACACGAAGCUUCAUUCUGGGUUGAAGCCCUAUCAAUGUAGUCUGUGUUCCAAGGCCUUCACUAAGAAGCACCAUUUAAAGACUCACCUCAACUCUCAUACUGGAUCCAAACCUUAUUCUUGUUCCAAAUGUGGUUUAAAUUUCUCCCAAAGUAGCAAUAUGAGAACACAUUUUAAGAAAUGUACAUACGAGACUAAUCCCAUAGUUUUGAUUGAUGAUUCGAGGAAAAUGGCAAAAUAGUCUAUGCUUCGUAAAAAGAAAUGUAAAAAUUUCGAAACCGAUUGUAUAACUUAUGAACGAGACUCAAACAAUUUUUUUAUCUAUGUAUAUAUUUAUUGCACGUUUUUUUUAUUUUUAUUAUUCCACUAAAUCCUUUUUCCAAUAAAUCGAAACGCGAUAUUUAUCAUGGAAAUAUAUUUUUAUUAACAAAGGAAGAGUAGCAUGACUCGGAAUCACAUCGGACACGGUACAUGACCUUUCCCAUGACAAGGAAAUCUCAUAAUUAGACGUCUCCUUAAUCUUCUAGACUCUUAAACGACCGUCCAUUCGCCUUAUGCUUUUAUCUUUAAAUCUUUAUCCUUAGCUCGUGAAUAAGGAUAAUCUUAGAAAGAUAUAUGAAGAGAGACAGAGAGAGAGAGAGAGAGAGAGGCAGAGAGAUAAAGAUAAUAAAUGAAGAUUCUAGAAAGGAAUCUCGAUUUGAAUAUACAUAUAUAUUCAAAGUCAAAGCUCAUAUUUUGUCAUAUUUUUCUAAAAUGAAAUGUGCCUGUAUGAACGUAUCACGAAUCAUAAAAUUCAACCGUUUAUAUCAAAGUAACGAACGAAUAAUUUAAUGUUACUUUGACUUGAUCUUCCAGACAUUUAAAUGGCCACUAUUCAGUUUUAUCUUGAAAUCUUUUUACGUGGAAAGUAUUAUCCCUAGAAAAAGAUGCACGGAAAGAGGAAAGAAAGAUCAUCCUGUAUGUACAGAAAAGAAGAUGGACGGGGAAAAAAAGGAGAAAGAAGAUUCUCGGUUGAAUCUUAUGUUGUUAUUGUUGACGAGUUAACACGUAAUUAUGUAGUCUCGUGAUUAAGCCAGUGUUAUAUAUUUUUAACUGUAUACUGGAGCAAGUUAACACAGUCCGAACGUGUAGCUGAUCUUUCUCAUGAUCUUUCUUGCUUUGUAAGCACACAUAUCUCCGAGUUCAAUAAAACAAGCGCUUAAUUGGGAGUAAUAAUUAAGCGACACGAGAGAAGGUGUGAAUUUCAAGUGAAAUGGCUGAAACAUACGCGUAUAUGUAUAUAUACGUAUGUAAAUAAGUAUACAAUGUGUAAGUAUACAAAGAAAUUCAACUGAAAGCAUCUAGAAUCUUUUACGUCCGUCUUUUAAUAUUAGAUCUUUUUUGUUUGUACAAAUUCCUUUCACUUUUCCUUUUUUACAGAUGUAUUAUUAUAUAACAAAUGCAUUUCGUGAUAUAGACCGAAGUCGAUCAAAAGCAUCGACGUAAAUAAAAUAAAAAAAAAUAAAAAAAAUAAAUUUGUCCUUCGAUCAGUUUACAUUUUACAUGUGGCCUUCGUCAUUCAUCGAAAAAAAAACCGGUUUCGUUAUUUACUUUCUUAUUUUCAAUGCAUACGUGUGAUUCUUUUUAUUCUUUUUAUUUCUUUUUUUUUCACUAUCAUCGGUACAGGAACACAACGUAUCUAUCUCUGAUUGCUUUUACCAAAUAAUAAAAAUUUGCAUAAUCAUAUCUUAUUUUAAUCAGGUAUCGUAAUUGGCAUACU